AUGUUUCGACCAUCAGCAUCACUCGUUUUGUUGGCAUGGGCAACUUCAUGUGCGGCACAGGGGGUCAAGAACUAUGGUGGCAGCUCAUCGCAACGUUCCAUUGGAUCACAACUCGUCCCCAUGAUCAGCCGUACUGAUCCACCGUUCACCAUUGAGAAUAUGACCUGUGACUUCUUCACCCAACCUUUGAAUCACUUUGUACCUAGAGGUCGCUCGCCUAGUUACGAACAACGUUAUUGUGUUUUUGAUGAUUUCGCUACCGAUAACAGCACAUCGCCAAUUCUCUUUUACGUUGGCAAUGAGUCACCAAUAGAAAAUUACAUCAAUCACACUGGAUUGAUGUGGGAGCUUGCUCCUAAGCUCAAAGCUCGUGUAGUAUUUGCUGAGCAUCGGUACGAAGGAAAGUCACUACCAAACGUAACAUCGGAUUGCCUGUCCUACGCAUCCAUCAUUCAGGCGCUAGCUGACUAUGCAAAGAUCUUGGAUGAACUCAUAAAUCCACACAAUAAAGCUCCCGUAUUUGUAUUUGGAGGGUCGUAUGGAGGCAUGCUAGCCGGCUGGUUUCGCAUGAAAUACCCUCAUUUGACCGCUGGUGCAAUUGCUGCCUCCGCUCCAAGCGCCGGGUUUCCACUACCCGCAAAUGACAAAAUCGAUUGGGCAAAUCGAGUUUUGGCCGCAGGCCUGGGCAAACAGUAUCCACCAGAUGAUCCCACGAAACAAGAGCCUAAUGAGUGUCCUAACAAUCUCUUGGCGGCAUUCCCUCUGAUCUCAUGGUUGGCCGAAACAAAGGAUGGAAGAGACUUUCUUUCAAAGACAUUUAGUCUAUGCGACCCAUUGAGGGACGACGGAUCGUCUUUGUUGACAUGGGCCCAAGCAGUUUGGUUCGAUCUCGCUGAGGGGUCAUUUCCUUACGCUUCUUCUUACAUUCCCUUUGGACUACUUCACAAAGUUGUUUCGCUACCACCUUGGCCAACUCAGGACGCGUGUUGGAAGUCAAGUUAUUUGCACAAAGACUGGGGUGUGCAGUUCUCUGGAAACCGUUCCGAUGUCCGCUACGGGGUUGCCUAUGGAGACAGCGGCCUUGCUUUGGACGUAGACUGGGACAAAGUUACAUCCAAGUCGCCAGCAUCAUUGUCAUCCAUCACGAAUUCGCCCCAAGUCAUUGGUUUACUGACCAGUGUCCGGGACGCGGUUUCAAUAUGGUACAACAUCACCAAAGAUGUCAAGUGUUACGAUGUAUCGCAAGCUGCUCCAAAUCUCGAAGUGUCCCACAGCGAAACGAUGGAAUUUCGUAAGCUGCGAGAGCCGUCUGACCCGGGAAAGAUCUGCCAAGACGCAAUUCACGAAAUGGGAAGUUGGGGUCCAUUAUGCUGCAAUGAUGAACUCAAUCUCCCCAUGACCUUCGCACGUGGGCUCGGUGCAGACUUCUUUUGGCCUCCUUCUCAUCCACGAUCUGUAAAAACAUACAAGGACAUGGCGAAGAGUCUCAAAUUGGCUCCAUGCGAUGAUCCCGACGGUAUUUAUGGUUUUUCCAAAGAACCAUAUGAUCUUUGGUCCACAAUGUUGGAAGCGCAGUAUGGCACUGGAGUGAAUAUGGAUGGGCACUCUAACAUCAUUUUCUCCAAUGGUCUUUUGGAUCCUUGGUCGGCUGGGGGUGUGUAUGCUGAGCAUCCUUGGAAGGACCCUCCGUACACUGGGCCUGUCGUCCAGGAAAUCACAGAUACCGAUGUGAUUGCUCUCAUCAUAGAGCAUGGUGGCCACCACACAGAUCUGAUGUAUAGUAGCGAGGUGGAUCCAGCUAGUGUCACCAAGUCUAGAGAAAUACAGCACAAGUACAUUUCAAAGUGGAUCAAAUCAUUCUAUGAAAAAGCAAAAGGGACAAGUGUGUAA